AGCCAAUAUCGAAUUGCGGUGGAGUUCCGCCGGGUAUAAAAGCCCGGUUUCUUGGGACAGGGAGCAUCAGCAGCUCGCCAGAGCUCCAAGGAGCAGCACGAGGAAUCCUUCGCUCCCCAAUCCUUUGGAUCAAAUAGUCGUUUCACACCAGCGAGAUGCGGCGUACACGGUACGUUGCAUUGCCAGUGAGGGCUUGGCAUUACGUCGGCCUUCUGGUGGUCUCCCUCGCCUGCCUCACGUUGGGGCUGGUCUCGAGGGACAAGGAAGGCCGUGCAGGAAGUUUGGCGGGACCUGAAUUAAAGCAUCAAGCGCCUCACGAAGUGGAUGCCUGCCCCAACUUGACUCCUUUCACCAAGAUGCCUUCUUGCUCGAGCUUCGAGCAGGACCAAACCAGGAUUUCGAUGACGACCACACGAACUUCUAUCACGCCGUCUCGAUCUCGUAGCUUGGAUCGCAUCUCCAGAACUCGAGAAGAUGUGGAGAGAUCGGAUAAGCGACGGGGGACGAGCACAGAGAACAAUCCCAGACGUAGCGUGGAAUCGAGACUUAGAAGCGAGAGCCAAGACCGGUUGAGACUUGCAUCCGAUGCUUCGAUUCGACUUUCUCGGUCGCGAAACUCGAGGGUUCAGGAAAGAAGGUCCAUCGAUUCGAAUAGGCGACGCGAAAUGAACGGACGAGUAGAUGAUUCACGAGACAGAGAACGUCUCACACGAUCUUUGGAACGACUAGCAUCUACGGAUUUCCGUCGAGAAAGGAACGAUCGAUCAUUGAGGGAUGCGGAUAGACGAAACCGUAUGCAGUUGACGAUCAGACGCGAUUCUAGACUGGAGCAAAAUCGUAGGUCUCUUACCGGAUUGGAACAACGAGCCGAUGAUCGAGUCAGCCGAUUGGAUCGUCGUGUGGAUGCAAGGACGAAUGAACGACGAGACUCUUCGAUUAGGUCGUUAAAACGGUUUGGAGACGAAAUGAAACGACGAGAGAGAAACAACAGACUGAAUUUGGCUCGUGAACGACGCGAAUCUCGACUUGACAUCAGGGCACCUGAACGAGUUAUUCGGGAUUCUCGUGAUCGCAGCUCGGAACGACGAAUGCUCGUGGAUUCUAAAAGAAAUUCGGAAAGGCGAUCCACUUCUGUCGAAUCCAGGAAUCGUGAAGAAAUCAAAGCUGAUCGGAGACUUACGGAAGAGAGAGCUAAUCGAUUUGUCGAACAGAGAACGGAUCGCCGACUCAUGGAACGAAGAGCUGAUCGUCGACUUAUGGAACGAAAAACUGAUCGUGUUGUGGAACAAAAUGUUGAUCGUAGACUUUCGGAAGAAAGGGCUGACCGUAGACUUAUCGAAAGAAGAAUGGAUCGUCAAAUUAUGGAACGAAGAGCUGACCGUCGUCUCAUGGACCAAAGAGCUGAUCGAUCUAUAGAACGAAAAGCUAACCAACGUCUCAUGGAACAGAGAACUGAUCGCCGACUUAUGGACCAAAGAGUUGAUCGAUCUAUAGAACGAAAAGCUAACCAACGUCUCGUAGAACAAAGAACUGAUCGUUAUCUCAUGGACCAAAGAGCUGAUCAUCGAUCUAUGGAACGAAACCAACGUCUCAUGGAACAAGGAGCUGAUCGCCGACUUAUGGACCAAAGAGCUGAUCGAUCUAUAGAACGAAAAGCUAACCAACGUCUCAUGGAACAGAGAACUGAUCGCCGACUUAUGGACCAAAGAGCUGAUCGAUCUAUGGAACGAAAAGCUAAUCAACGUCUCGUAGAACGAAGAACUGAUCGUCGUCUCAUGGACCAAAGAGCUGAUCGAUCUAUAGAACGAAAAGCUAACCAACAUCUCAUGGAACAGAGAACUGAUCGCCGAAUGAUGGAACAAAGAGCUGAUCAUCGACUCAUGGAACAAAGAACUGAUCGUCGUCUCAUGGACCAAAGAGCUGAUCAUCGAUCUAUGGAACGAAACCAACGUCUCAUAGAACAAAGAGCUGAUCGCCGACUUAUGGACCAAAGAGCUGAUCGAUCUAUGGAACGAAAAGUUAACCAACGUCUCGUAGAACGAAGAACUGAUCGUCGUCUCAUGGACCAAAGAGCUGAUCGAUCUAUGGAACGAAACCAACGUCUCAUGGAACAAAGAACUGAUCGUCGACUUAUGGAAUCAAAAGCUAACCAGCGUCUCGUAGAACAAAGAACUGAUCGUCGUCUCAUGGACCAAAGGGCUGAUCGAUCUAUGGAACGAAACCAACGUCUCAUGGAACAAAGAACUGAUCGCCGACUUAUGGAACCAAAAGCUAACCAACGUAUCGUGGAACAGAGAACUGAUCGCCGAAUGAUGGAACCAAAAGCUAACCAACGUAUCGUGGAACAGAGAACUGAUCGCCGAAUGAUGGAACAAAGAGCUGAUCGUCGACUCAUGGAACGUCGUCUCGCAGAGCUAAGGACCGAUCGACGCGACUUGAACUCAAAACGGUCUACGAGACAAAGGGUUGAUGGACAACGAAGCACUACGCCUACUCUUCUUGCAAAUGACAUUCGAUCUAACCAAAAGGAACAAAGAGACGCUGAAAGAGUUCGAGGAGUUUUAAUAUUUUCUCGAGAUAGGUCCUUAAACGAUAUUAAACGAUCUCGCUCCGUAGACAGAGAAUAUGUUCGCUCCACAGACAGAGAUUCUCGCUCUCGAAGACAAUCAAACUCCCGAGAUCUAUCGGAAGAUUCAACAUUUCUCCGAAGGCACAUCCGAUCAUCAAGGCUUCCGAUUCAAGAACGCAAUUCCAGAAUUCCUGUUAAUACACGUUCAUUAGCAAUGCGAGAUAAAGUUUUAACUCAUAACAAUGAAUACGUACCUAGAAUGGGCGUCACGGAAUUCCUGAAACAAGAGAGUCACGUUUCGUUCGACAUUAUCCGCCAGGCAUUUGUAAUCGGUCUUUGUACAAUGUAUGGAUUAUCCAUUUUUUAUGGCAAACGUUCUUUCAUUCGCAACUUCGUGAGGCAGGCACCACAAUUCAUUCUAUGGUAGAAUCUCAUCCAAGAAGGAACAACAAUUUGCUACUUCCAAGACUUGCUUUUAAUCACUGUUUUAGUAUAAUAUUUUUUGGCAUUGCUAUGUAUUUAACAAGAAACUGUAUAUUAAUGUACAGCUGAUAAAUGUAUCCUGCAUAGAGAUAGAAAUGUGUCGCAUGUAUUUAAAAAUAUAUAUUUUGUCCGAAUAAAUUGUUCAAAUGAAAUUGAAACGUAA